AUAAAUCCACUACUACCCCACCAUCAACUCGAACACUCGCUCUUACCACCGACCACACCCCUACAACCCUACAACCUCAACUAUCAAACCUCAUCUCCAACUACAACCUCAAACAACAACCCCCCUCCCUCCCUCCAACUUCAACACACAACCACAACUACUGCUUCCAAACACUCACACAACCCCCACACACUCCGCCACAAUGAGAGUCUUCGAGAACACCUGCACGUUCGAUUACUCCUGGGCGAACGUCUCGGUUGCGAACUGGCGGAAAUACUGUGCUUGGAACACCCAGAGCACGCAUGUGAUCGCCGUCGACACCCUAGCCCGCAGUGUUGACCCUAGCACGGGUAUCCUCCGUUCGGAACGUCUCAUCACAUGCAAACAGAACGCACCCAGAUGGCUGAUGAGGCUCACCGGCGCUGAAGUUUCCUACGUCCGCGAAGUCUCUGAAGUCGACCCGCGCACGAAAACAGUGGUGCUCCGCUCGGUGAACCUGACCGGUUCGAACAUCAUGUCGGUACAGGAGACGGUGGUGUACACACCCCAUCCGGAUCAUCCCGACAGCAAGACGGUGUUCACACAGGACGCGUCCAUCACUGCGUACGGAGCCUUUUCGAGGAUCUGUAACGCCGUCGAGGAAUGGAGCGUUGAGCGGUUCGGCCAGAACGCACAGAAGGGACGCCAGGGCUUCGAGGCGGUGCUAGAAAUGAGCUCAAAAGCGUUCAGGGAGAUGAAGGAAGGUCAUAAAGAGGAGGCAUAAGGGUGGUCCAGCGGGAUCGGUAACGACGAGACGACACACAAUCACUCACCCCUUAUUGAUUUUAGCGAUUCAAAAUCCACAUAGCCGUCCGAUAUACCUCCUUCUUCCCCCUUUAGACCGGUCCUACUACCUC